CCCAGCCAAGUGAAUUCGAUAGAUUAGGGCCUUAUGAAUUUAUCUCAAUUGACUGAUUUCCUUAUAUGAACUGUAACUCAGUAAAAUCUUUUAAAUUGUUGCGUUUAUAUUUUUGUUCAGUAUAGCAGAAGCUACUAUGCCUUGCAGGAAGUAGACUGGUUGCCAGGCAAGUUCCCCUCGCAAAGGAAAACUAGCUUGAAGGAGAGUAUGAUCCACUGUUGAGGACUAAACUCCACGGUGAAGGAAGUUUAGUCCGCUACGGAGAAAACGACGCAGAAGAGAAACUUCAGCAAUUAUUUAAAAGUAACUUGCAAGAAGCUUAUAUCCUGCAUCAAAAAUGUCAGUCGCAGGCUUCAAGAAACAAUUUUACAAAGCAAGCCAGAUGGUCAGUGAGAAGGUCGGAGGUGCAGAGGGAACCAAGCUGGAUGAAGACUUCAAAGAUCUGGAGAAGAGGGCAGAUGUGACCAGUAAAGCAGUGGUGGAUGUCAUCUCUAAAACAUCGGAGUACCUGCAGCCCAACCCAGCGUCCAGGGCCAAGCUGACCAUGCUGAACACGGUGUCUAAGAUGCGGGGCCAGGUGAAGAGCCCUGGCUAUCCCCAGGCUGAGGGGCUGCUGGGGGAGAGCAUGGCCAAGUUCGGACGAGAGAUGGGAGAGGACACCAACUUUGGUGGCGCCCUGGUGGAUGUGGGCGAGUCCAUGAAGAGGCUUGCAGAGGUCAAAGAUUCCCUGGACAUCGAUGUCAAACAGAACUUUAUCGAUCCACUGCAGGCUGUCGUCGACAAGGACAUCAAAGACAUCCAGCACCAUCUGAAGAAGUUGGAAGGCAGGCGUCUGGACUACGAUUAUAAGAAGAAACGCCAGGGGAAGAUCCCAGACGAGGAGCUGAGAUCAGCCCUGGAGAAGUUCCACGAGUCCAAAGAGAUGGCAGAGAGCUCCAUGCACAACCUGCUGGAGACUGAUGUAGAGCAGGUGAGUCAGAUGGCUUCUCUGGUCGAGUCACAACUGCAGUAUCACAAACAGGCUGUGCAGAUUCUGGAGGAGCUGACUGACAAACUCCGAGACAGGGUGAACGAGGCCCAGUCUCGCCCCAGGCGUGAGUACACUCCUAAACCCAAAGCCUCCUUUGACUACGAAGAGCAGGAGCAUUCAAAUGGAGAGUACUCCCCCUCUGCCAACCCCCCUUCAUACUCCUCAGACGUCACGUCCUUCCACAGAACACGGUCCAUGAAGAACAGUCGACACUCCUCUGAGCCGUGCGCUAAGGCCCUUUAUGACUUUGAGCCAGAGAACGAGGGUGAGCUGGGCUUCUGCGAGGGCGACAUCAUCAUGCUGACCAACCGCAUCGACGAGAACUGGUUGGAGGGCACUAUCCGUGGCCAAUCAGGAUUCUUCCCCAACAACUAUGUGGAAGUGGUGGUGCCCCUGUAACACUGACAGAACAAUAGGAGGGAUGAGGAGCGGGAGGGAGGGGGAAGGGAGA